AUGACGUCUGACACGCUGUUGGAGUGCUUCGAUGCGGUCGGAGAAACUAUUCAUCUCUAUGAACCUCCUGUUGAAACCUUCCCAGAUACUGCUUCGCCGUCCCUGGUGAUCCUAUGCACCUGGGUCGGCGGCGCGACCCCUCGGCGUAUCAACAAGUACCUGGCCCAGUAUCAGGAAAUAUUUCCAACAUCUUCUCUCCUCUUGAUAACAACAGGUGUGUCCGACACGGCUUUCCGACCACUCAAAUGGAUACGUGCCAAUCUGAAACCCGCCCGCGAUGCCAUAAGACGGAUCGUGGGUCGUGAGAAUGUCGAAAACACGGCCAAACCUAAUAGUCGCCCGCGCGGCAUCCUCCUCCAUCUAUUUUCCCACGGUGGUGGCAACAUUGCUAGUCAACUCGCGCUCUCGAUGAAGGCAGGACCCGACCGUGGCGCAAUAUUCUUCUCUAAUCUUCGCACUAUCAUCUUGGACUGCUGCCCUGGCGACGAUACAUUCGCUCGAAUGUAUGCGGCUACUCGGGUAUCUGUGCCACAGACCCCCGUUGCACAGUUCCUGGGUAAUACUGUUAUGUACCCGGCACUGGCCGUAGUCAAUGGAUUCCAGCAUGCUGGAUUGGCGCGCGCCGUAAAGGACCUGCGAGACGUCCUGAAUGAACCCUCUACUUUUGGUUCGAUGCCGAGGCGGUUGUUUAUCCAUUCCAAAGAGGACAUCGUAAUAGGAUGGGAAGAUGUGCAGUUGCAUCUUGAAGAUGCUCAGAAUCGGGGAUACUCCGUUGGUCAGGUGCUUUUUGAACGAGGUCCACAUUGCGGAUUGGUCAUGGAAGAUCCUAAUCGGUAUUGGGAGGCUGUGAAGAAGUUUUGGGCCGGUGAGGAUGUUUGGGAUGUCAAUCCCGACCCGAGUCGAGCUACCACCAAGAAACAGGCGAACCUUCGCAGCCGUCUCUGA